AUGACGACUUCAAAGUACGAGGAAUCUAUUAAAGAAUUAGGAUCACCAGAUAGCAACAAGAGACUUAAAGCAUUACGUUUUAUCAAAAACUCGGUCAUUGGCAACAAAACAAAAAAGGAGUUGUAUAUAAAGCUCGGUGUUGUUCAAAGACUUGUUGAUUACCUUUCCUUACCAGAAGAGAGCCCAUAUACUCUAAAGAUACAAGCAGCUACUAUUUUGGGUAGCAUUGCUUAUGGCAAAGACGAUAAUGUGUCUGCUGUCAUCACUUCUGGUUCAAUCGUUCCUUUACUCAACACGCUCUCACUCCCUCAUGACAAACACUUGAUAGAGUCAUUACGUCAAAGACGCAAAUUGAUCGAAGCCAGCACAAGAGCACUCAAAGCUAUCUUUACAGCCUCUUCAUCCAAAUCUCUAAGAAACGCAUGUAUUACUGAAAAACAUAUUCGUGAUCUAGCUUUGAUACUUAAAGUAACCUCGGGGUUUUUGAUAGAAGAAUCAUCAGUGGCAACUACCUCCGAAGGGUUAUCUUUUGCAAUGAUUGCCGAGUUUACAGCAGCCAUCGUAUCCAAGUGCUGUGACACAGAUACUCAACAGUUACAGCUACAAGAGGCUGGCAUUGUUCAACCACUCGUCGACAUCUUACACUCACACUGUAUUAAAGCACAGGAGGCAGCCUUGGAUGCACUGUCGAGCUUGUGUCAUGAGAACAGGCUAUUGGGAAAUAUCAUUAUUCAAUCAAAAUCCUCCAAUACUGGACAGACCACGCUGAGUACUAUGCUUGACUUUGCUAAAGGAAAAUGUCCUGCCAUGCGACUCAUUGCCUGUACAUGUUUGACAAACUUGUAUCGCACUGGUGUGUUUACAGAACCAUCAAAUGACAUCAUCCUCAUUGUCCUUCCAGCUCUUGUCAAGUUACUGCAAGAACCUACGGGGGAUAUUCAAGAAAGAGCACCACUUGUAUUGGCAGAUUUGAUAAAGGAUGACGAGGAAAUGCAAAAGGCAGCUUAUGACGCGGACGCUAUUUCAAAGCUUGCAGAACUUUUGGCCAGUGUUUCUUCUUCUUCACGAGAGAUUGAAGAUCAUACCUGUCAAUUGGGUAUUCCUGGCAUGGGUAGUACGGCAAAGAGAAAGGAAAAGAUAAAAGAGAACUCCCUGAUUGCUAUUGCUGCCGCUACUUUGUCUAAAGAAGAGUGCCGUACUCAAGCGAUAGAAGCCAAAGUACUGCCGCACGUUAUUUCAGGUUUAAAUAGCAAGCAACCAAGCGUUAGAUUGGCCGCCUGUCAGUGCGCCAAAUCUUUAUCAAGAAGCGUGAGCCAUUUACGAACGAGUUUUGUAGAUGAAAACGUUGCACCUCAUCUUGUCAAGUUAUUGCAUGAUGAAUCACAGACAGUUCAAGCAGCAGCAUGUGGUGCACUAUGCAACCUUGUCUUACACUUUUCACCUAUGAAGAAAUCGCUUUUAGAAGCAGGAGCUAUAGAUAAAUUUGUGCAAUAUUCAAAAUCAAGUGAUUCCAAUUUGAAAAUCAACGGUAUAUGGGCUAUCAAUAACCUCUUGUUCAAGGCAGAAUUGGAUGAGAAAAAGUCAGUGAUGGAGGCACUCUCGUUUGACUCACUUGUUGACUUACUGCAUGAUCGGAAUACGACAAUCCAAGAACAAGCACUGGAAAUUGUUAGAAAUUUGGUGUUUGGCGAACAAGAGGAUAUUGACUGGGUCUAUGAAAAGAUGGGUAAAGAGAUUUUAUUGGAUGUCAUAGAGAGUAAACUGCAGACGAUGGAUACACAUGAGGAUGGUGAGGAACCAGUGGCGUCUUCUAUACUAGUGCCAACGUUAUAUAUCAUUGUAAAUAUGUGCAGUAAUGCUGAAGCACCUAAGAUGGAUUUGAUGAGUAGGGAUAUCAUUGUGAGAAGCGCGAUUGAACUCUUGAGUCAUGAGGAUGAUGCCGUAAGAGUAGCUGCUGCCUGGGUAUUAAUUAACUGGACUUGGGGAGAUACAAACGACCAAAAAGAAGAUUUGGUGAAUCGAUGCAAGCGCUUAAAAGAUUUGGGAGUACAAGACAAAUUGGAACUAUUGAUAGAUGAUGAUCCAUGCUUUGAUGUCCGUGAUCGAGCAAAGACAGCUUAUACUCAAUUGUCUGAAGCUCUUGGAUAA